UCAGUCGCUACCAUUCCCUCCGUACGAUAGGACGCGCAGUCGGGACCCUUUUGCCGAGAGCUGUGUUGUGUUUGCGCGCUUUAGAGACAGAGAGACCAAUAUUCCGGUUCAAACUCACCCUUCAGCGGUUGUUGAAAACUUGCUGAAACCGGCAUCCUAGUGAAAGUAUUUCCCCCUUUUCCGUAGUACCAAUCCCGUGUGUGUGAGUGUGUAUCUUUUGUUGUGUUUUGUUAAACAUUAUUCAAUUGAUUCGGCAGAAGCAUGGCUAGCAAAAUGAAGAAAGAGAAAGUUGCGAUCAUUGGAAGCGGUCUUAUAGGGCGUUCCUGGGCGAUGCUGUUUGCCGGCGUCGGCUAUCAGGUGACGAUUUACGAUAUCAUCCCCGAUAUCGUGGAGAAAGCGCUGAAGGAAACGAAGCUGGAGCUGGAAAGCGUUGAAAAGCAGGGAACCAUUCGUGGUACGCUGAGCGCGGCCGAACAGUUUGCCUGCAUUCGUGGUACGGACAAUCUGAAGGAUGCUGUCACGGAUGCCAUCUACGUGCAGGAAUGUGUCCCCGAGCGGCUGGACAUUAAGAAGAAGCUGUACGGCGAGUUGGAUGGGUUGGUUGGACCGAACACAAUACUGGCCAGCUCGACGAGCACGUUUAUGCCGUCACUGUUCAGCGAAGAUAUGAAGCAUCGGGCUCAGGUCCUGGUAGCUCAUCCAGUUAACCCACCGUACUACGUGCCGCUGGUUGAGAUCGUUCCGGCCCCGUGGACCAAACCGGAGUACACCACGAAAGCACGCGAACUGAUGACGGAAAUCGGCCAGAAGCCGGUCACGCUAUCGCGCCAAAUCGAAGGCUUUGCGCUGAAUCGCAUUCAGUACGCGAUCCUGAACGAAACCUGGCGCCUCGUGGCCGACGGUAUACUUAGCGUGAAGGACAUCGAUGUGGUGAUGUCGGAGGGAUUGGGCAUGCGGUACGCUUUCCUCGGUCCACUCGAAACGGCACACCUGAAUGCGGAAGGCAUGCUUAACUAUUGCGAUCGUUACUGCAACACGAUCUACGCGGUCAGCGAAACGAUGGGCCCGACGCCGCGCAUGGAGGGCAAGGUGGCAGAGCAGGUGGCCAAGGAGAUGGAGGAGAUGGUACCGAUCGAUAAGCUGCCGGAGAGACGGGCGUGGCGCGAUGCCUGCUUGACGAAGCUGGCACAGCUGAAGAAGACACUUUAAGCUUAAACGAAUGCUUUUAUAAUUUUGAUCUGUUUCAAUGCAUAGAAGCUAUGCAGCAAUAAAACAAAUUUUAAUUUAAUCAAA